AUGAGUUCUUUUUCAAAUUUCGUUGUACCUCUUGUUUCCUUUAUUCUCUUCGUCACUUUCCUUUACAAAUGGUACUAUAAUCUUGCUUCAAAAUCCCGGAAAAGGUUAUCGCCAUCUCCACCAAAGCUUCCCGUGAUUGGUAAUCUUCACCAACUUGGCCUAUUUCCUCACCGGUCACUGCAAACACUAUCCAAACGAUAUGGUCCACUCAUGAUGCUUCAUCUUGGUCGAGUGCCAGCAGUUAUUGUCUCGUCUGCUGAUGCAGCUCGAGAGGUCUUGAAAACUCAGGACCUCAUUUUCUCAAGCAGGCCGAAAGUGAGCAUUCCUGAUAAAAUUGUUUAUGGCUCUAAAGACAUAGCUUUUGCGCCGUACGGUGAGCACUGGAGGCAGGUGAGAAGAAUAUGCGUGCAUCAUCUUUUGAGUAACAAGAGGGUUCAAUCUUUUCGCUACAUAAGAGAAGAAGAAACAGAUAUUUUAAUCGAAAAUAUUCGACAGUCAUCCUCUACUUCGACAUCAUUGACGAACUUGAGUGAUUUACUGGUGUCACUUACUAAUAAUACUAUAUGUAGACUGGCCCUCGGGAGGAAAUAUAGUGGUGGUGAAGCACACGAAAGUACAAAAUUUGAGUUAAUGUUGAAGGAAAUUAUGGAGCUAGCGGGUACUUUCAAUGUAGGGGAUUUCAUUCCAUGGCUUAAGUGGAUAAAUAUAGUUAAUGGGUUGGAUGCCAGAGUCGAGAAACUCGCUAAAUCAUUUGAUGAAUUUUUGUCGAGUGUAGUUGAAGAUCAUAGAAAUAGAAAGCAAGGAAAGUUGGAUUGUGAUAGCAGCAGCAUUGAAACAGAUCUUGUGGAUUUAUUGCUCGAAAUUCAAAGCGAAAGCAAGUCAAAGUUCACUCUUGAUGAUGAGACCGUGAAAAGUGUCAUUUUUGAUAUGUUUGCUGCUGGGACGGAUACAACAUAUACUUCUCUGGAAUGGACAGUGACAGAGGUUUUAAGGCACCCAGAAAUCAUGAAGAAGUUGCAGAACGAGCUGGAACGCAAGUGA